ACGUCCACGAUGAUAACAAAAAAUACAACCAACAAUUAACAAAACACUCUUAAGGUAUUUUUGAGGUAUCAAAAGAUAGAUCGUUGCACCAACACCAAGCAAGAGUUAAAUUUGGCUAGUUUUAUGCCCCACAGCGGAAUUGACCGACACUUGGUUUCGUGGCAUUUGUAUUGUGGUCCACGAUCAGGCGUUUAACAGGAUAACUUCUACGUAGCUCAGGACAAGAAGAAAGUAAACCAAGAUUUUAAAAACAAUGGAUCUGGUGAAAAGGAAACUAAGACCCUUCUUUUCUCUGACGAGAAGACAGAAAAGAAACAUUCGGAUUUGCUUAAGUACAGUCGUGAUGGCCUUGGCAUUUUAUAGAAUAUUGUACUAUAAACAAGACGAGACGCAAAGAAAACUAAUUUUAGUUUACACUCCAUAUCCAAGCGAACCAUGGGGCCCACGAAAUGCUGAAGAAUCCAAGAACUACAAAUUUACCGAUUGGGAUGGCACUCCAUGCGAAGAAAACAGGUGUCAAAUCACUUUUGAUAAAAGUUUACGAAACUUUAGCGAUGCUGUGCUCGUACACGUCGGACAUCCGAAUUUCAAUAUUGACGAAGCAAAGAGCAACAGGCCACCCGCACAGAGAUGGGUCUUGUACACUAAGGAAAGUCCGGGAGUAUAUCCCAUAGGAGAUAUGGCUGACGGCGUGUAUAACUGGACUGCAACUUAUCGGCUAGAUUCGGACUUUUUCGUACCUUAUGGAUCUUAUUCACCAUUGAAAAUCCCGAAUAAAUCAGAUAACGACGACUUAACGGAACAACCCGGCGAAAAUGUGAACUACGCAAAGGGAAAAGACAAAAUGGCCACUUUUGGUGUGAGUAACCACUGUAACGAACGUGGAGUUAGAUUCUCUUACGUCCGGGCACUCUUAAAACACAUACCAAUAAGCCUCUAUGGAAAAUGUGCCCCUAUGUUUGAAUCGAAUAACACUUGGAAAUGUCCCCGCCGCAAGGGACAAAUCGAUGAUGAUUGCGAGGAAGAAAUCCAGCGCCACAAGUUCUACCUCGCAUUUGAGAAUAGUUUGUGUAUAGAUUACAUAACAGAGAAGUAUUGGAGGAAUUCACUUGAGAGAGGAUUGGUCCCUGUAGUUCUUGGAGGUGCUCAAUACGGUCCCGAUCUGGUAAUUCCUGGUUCUUUCAUCAACGCAGCCGACUUUGAUUCCGUUAAAGAUCUUGCGGAUUACCUGAAGUAUCUGGAUAAGAAUGACACGGCCUAUAACCAGUAUUUUCAGUGGAAAACCAAAUACAAGGUUGUCAAGUACAAUUUUUGGUUGUGCCAAUUGUGUAAGGCCCUUCAUGAUCCAACGAAACCGGCUAAAAUUUAUCACAAAAUGUCAGAGUUUCUGGGAAUUAAAGGAGCGUGCAAAGUUAACGAAGAGCGCGUUUGGAACAUUAUCAACAGAGGCUGAACACGGCUCAAGAAUUGAGAGCUCCUGUCUUCAACCUUGUCCCCAGGACCUUCUCCACUUGUCAAAGAGAAGGCCCUGGGGACGAGAUUGCUCCUGUCAAUUGGAACUUCAAGGCGGACUGGCGGAAUGACAGACGGAUGGAUCAUUGAAUUUAAAUCAAAAUUUCGAUUUCUUAAUCAUAUGUUAUAGAAGUGUUUCAGUCUUAUGGUGUGGCGGAGAAAGACCACAUUGUGUUCACCAAUGAAUUCCUAUGAUAUUGUUCCGUUCACCGGGCAGGUAUUCACUCCGGGAGAUCAGUAAAUAUACAUAUGCACGUCUAACUCCUAAGUUACAAUUUGUAAUAGUAAUUGGAGCGAGUGGAGUACAAUUCAGGGACUACUAGAAUCGCGCAAGUAAUUUCAAAAUCGAACGAGCACGAUUUCUCUCCGAAUUGUACGACAGGCUGUCCAGUUAGUAAUUAAUCGUAUCUAUAACAAAUUUCGAGAUUAAAAAAAGUAGUUUGAGAACUUUUUUUGAGCGAAAAAGUCAGUAGUGUUUCCCAUAAUCAGUUGUAAAAACUGUAGGAAACAUUAAGAUGGAAGUUAUUAAAGCGCGUUUAAUCAAUCAAUCAAUCAAUCAAUCAAUCAAUCAAUCAAUCAAUCAAUCAAUCAAUCAAUCAUUUUAUUUAAAACUUGGUUAAAAUCUUCAGUGAGCACAAUAGUCAGGGGUACCAAUUUAAAUACAAAUCAGUUCAAAUGAGCGGAAGGUAGCAUUGCUUACUAUGAGUAAGUAGGGUUUUGGCGCUGACUUGUUAUCCGGUACUGUUCAGUUAAAUACAAAUUGAGCACAUUCACUGUAAUAUAGCAUUGUCUAGUAAUGUUUGCUGAUAAAUAUCUCUGAUGAAGAGUUCAUGAUGAUCUAUCUCUGGGGAAUCAGUAUUAUUCCUGAGGCGGUCGCACAUAAGAGGUACUAUAAUAUCUCAGCAAGCCGCUGUGCUUUGUGAAAGUUCUAAAUAUAACGUUUCAGCACCUUAACGCGACUUGAAUUUUUUCAACAAAUAAACUGAAACGAGAUUAUUCCAUGUACCGUACUAUGAGACGCUCCCCGUGUGGCUUAGAAUGAAAUCCCCACAGACUCUGAUGCUAAAACUGUUACUGCGUGAGGUUUUGGAAAAUAUUAUUGUUUUAUUUUUUUACUUAUUUCACUUUUUUCGCUUGUUAAAAUGGCAAGUACGCAAGUCAAACAAGUUUUACCAAAUUGUAAGAUAUAUUUCAAAGCCAAUCACCUGCAUGCACAGUGGUAUUUUAGGACAAACCAAGACAUCAUUCAGCGCUUUGUUAUUUGACUUAAUUACACAAAAUACGCCAGCGUCUAUGAUAGAUAUUUUUAAACUCAGCGUCAAAAGCUUGCCCUUCCCCUUACCCAUGUGGUUUUGAUACAUUACUGAGUGGGGAUGGCGAUGCAUGCGCAAAGAACGCGCCUUGGAAUUUCACAGUUAUCUAGAUCUGCUCAGUACGCUGAUCGAUCUAAAAGCCGGCUGCUGUACACGUGAGUGGGAAUGCACCAUACAAGUGCACCGUCUGAGUAGAGCAAGUCUGAUGAGUACGAGCGAUUGGAGAAAAAUGUCAAAUAGCUAAGAUCAUGCCCGCGUGUAACCCUCCGCACCCCCAGAGGAAAUCUGGGAAACCUUUUCCUUCGAUGUUGGGUACAGCUACACGUGCGCCAAGCGCCUUGAAUAUAAUAAGCACCACACUCAAAUGAAGAACUCGGCACCGGGCGCGGCACGUAUUCGAAAUACUUGAAUUCUAAGGCGUCGCUUUUUUUGAACUGGAAUCCUAGAAUAAACACCAGACCAAAAUGUCAAAAAAUUUAACACCAGGGCGCUUUUCGAAGUAAGUAUGGUAAAGGUUGGGGACAUCAUGUCGGGGGCGUUACGACCGGCUGUGCCACCAUUAUUAAAACACACCCGCGCCGGACUCUAACCCUAGACCUAUAAACCAUUACAUUUUUCUGGGAUAGUUAAGCAAUUAUUCUUGACAAGAAAUCAUAUCGCAGGUACGUUUUUUUCUCGGUUUUUCUUGUGUAGAUAUAAUUUUUUUUGGUAGUUGCCAAGCUCCUCCCCAAUCAGUAAAGGUGGAAACCGGAACGACGCUAGUCUCCCUCGCAACGCAACGCUCCUCCCCACUAACUAGUGGGGAGGAGCGUUGCGUGACGACCCUAAUAACGGCUGCGAAGGAGACUAGAACGACGUCAGAGAGACUCUGGGCUCGAGCGGUUGAGAUCGAAUCGACCUAGUUACCGACACCGCGGGCUCAAUGUUUUGGUCCAUUGUACCUUUGUAUUCCUCUGUUAUUCCUCUUCGAUCCUAUUCCUGUCCAUAUUACAAUAGUGGGGGAAAACCUUCCUAUUCCAUUUAAUUUUUCUAUAAAACAGAAAAAACCUUUUUACCUUAAGGAUCACGUAUGGGUUGCACUGUGAGUGGAACUGCCAAGGAACUGCCAAGGAUAAAAGGAUCGUGCAAUUCCGACGAAAUCAACGCACGUGUCACUUUGUUUAAAAACUUGAGCAAAGAGCUUUGUUCCGUGGAUCGCACAGGCAAUGCCAGUUUUUUGAAAGGUACGAUAGACUUUCCUUUACUCAGUAUGUUCAGAAGUUUCAUAAUUUUUAAAAAUGUAUGUUACUGAAAAACUGAGAACAGCCCCGCCACCAUUUUCCUCUGGAAGGUUAGUAGUGAUGGGGUAUAAACGAGCCAGGAAAAACACUGCUUUUACAACCUUCAGAACCUUAGAACCAACCCUGGGGGUAAUUCCAUACGGUUUCUUAAACGUCGAUUACGUACUGCUUUAUUUAUUUAUUUAUUUGUUUGUUUAAUUUUUCAUCUAAUUAUUUAUUAACUUAUUUAUCUAUUUUUGACAAACAUAAAAUUUCAUAUCACACCCUAUGCUAAAGUAAACCAGGAAAACUGAUGCACUCUUAGAGAUCAAAACAGAAAGAUCUAACAUUAUGCCUUUUUCCUAAGCUCAAAACUAAACACCUCUAUACUGGUAAGCUGUAAUGGCAACACUGCUCACCCAUCAUCUCCACCUCUUACCCCUUCCCCACCCCAAUAUUUUAGACCUGCCCAAUUUUUGAGAAACCACAUAUCAGUAAGACAUUUAGACAAUCCAUGUCAUUAUUUUAUUUCCUCAGCAACAUUUUUAUUAUUUUCUCAGCAACAUCUCAGAGAUGCAGUUGCAGUGACAGCUUUAAAAAAGUUUCAUGGAAAAUAAUGAGUGAAAAACAAAGUGAAAGGAAUAAUGGCUGGGAUUACAGCGAAGCUGAACUGGGUUGUAACUUUCAACAGGACACUGCAGGCAAUGGGAAGGCCUGUUACAAAUUCUACAUCUCUGAUGCCAACAACAAUCGCACAAAUAACAGUUUAACUAUGCCAUGUGUCUCAGAGUUUUAUAGCUGUAUGCAAAAUUGUUUACAAGUUAACAUAGUGAAAAGUAAUCGAGUUGCUGUAUUAGUCCAUGAGAGAUUCUUUAAUGGUAAGCUACAACAGGCAUAUAAAUAUUCUGCAGUGAAAUGGGCCACUUCCAAGUUUUUUUUUUUUUGCCUUUGUGUCAAAACAAGUCUCUGCAAUUGCUAAACCACUCAUUUGAAAAUGCUUCACCUGUGUAUUCAUUUUCAAACAAAUCAAACUCGUUUUCAUUUAAAUAAUUUUGUCCAAGGACUUGUCAUGAAAGAGGCAAAAGGAGCUUGGAAAUACCCUUGUGGAUGGGUGUGGCAAUGCAGAUUGAUAGUCCCAGAAAUAGUUACGCACACAACAAGACUAUACUUGAUGUGCAUUUAACUGUGGUUAUUUUCUAGUUUAUAGUGAGUGUUUAAGUUGGACAAACUAGUUUAAAGAAAAAUCAAAAAUUCAUUUCAUCAGUUCCCAUUUUCUUUUUUCAAAACUAUUAUUUACAUGUGAUGCAUUUCGUUUGUCUCUGUAGCAUUUGAAGAUGACUGCGAUGAUGAUGACUUUAUGCUGUCCAACUGACUGGAGCAAAAUGCUUGCAUGCAGUCAUUUUGGGAAGGGAUGUAUCUAUGGACACUUCUGUGUAAUUGUAACAGAUAGGAAGGAACUCGACAUCAGAAAACACAAGAAUCCUUGCAUCCUCACUGGGUUAAUAAGUCUCAAUCCACAGGAUAUGUAACCUUACCCAUUUUGUCAGACAAUCAUUCCAUGAGCUAACAUCCAUUAGUCCCGAAAACUUGCCUGCAUGAAGUUUGCCGAACUGACUUCAUUUGUGACGGGCAGUUCUUUUUUGUACUGAUUGUGGAAUAUUUAACAAUUAUUGGUUGAGGUUGAGCAAGUUAUUGUGAUUUGUCAGUGGUGGGCAGAUCAGCUUACAUUAUUUUAGUAAUAAUAAUAAUAAAAACAACAUUUACAGAGGAUUUUAUGAGGCUGGUAUUUUUUAGUCCCUGUUGGUUUUUCAAGUUUGAGCAAGGAAAGAAAAAAAGUUCAAUCCACAAUAUUACUGUCAUCUCCUGUUUGCAAGUGUGGUUGCAAUUUGUUUCAUACUCAGUCUUGCAGAUAUCUAACAAUCCCACAAUUUGAUAUUCAUGGCUAUUUGUAUGUAAUAAAAUGAAGUAUUCUCCUGUUGUUUAAGUUUGUUGUUCUGUUCUUUUACCGGUGAUUAAGUGCAUGCAAGAGAGCUCUGAGACAUUUCAAGACUUUUUUUAGUCACUCCAUGAAUAUUGAUCUCCAUUGAUACACAAACAAUACAACUUGAAGACCCAAGAAUCUGGUAUUACCAAGAGAGAUUUACUAAAAAAUCAUAAACAUACAAAAAAGCCAACAAAACACAAUCACGGCACUUGAGCCAACUUUAUUUCGGCUUGACAACUUUUCCUGUACUUAGCCUACAAACUU